AUGGCCGCCAAAGACUAUACCUUCCCAUUCAAAUUCAAGGCAGCGGUGCUUCAUGAAGUAAACCAACCCUUGGUGGUAGAAGAGGUGGAAAUCACUGAGCUUAAGCAAGGAGAAUGUUUGGUGAAAGUUGCAGCUGCUGGUAUUUGCCACUCUGACUUGCACAUGAUUAAGGGUGACUGGAGUGUAAAGGGUGUCUUGGAAGUACCAAUGCCCAUCGUUCUUGGUCAUGAAGGUUCAGGAAUUGUCGCCAAGCUUGGCCCAGGUGUAACCACUGUCAAGGAAGGCGACCACUGUGUCUUGCUCUUCCAGCCUAACUGUGGUAAAUGUGAAAUGUGCCAAGUCGGACGCCCAAUGAUGUGUCGCGGUCACUCCAACUCCAAGCCAGGAACUCACAAUGAUGGUACCACCCGAAUGAAGGUCAACGGAAAGGAAGGAUAUGUCAUGUGCGCCCUUGGGUGCUUCGGAGAGUACGCCGUCAUUGCUGAGGAACAAUUGUUGCCAAUCGGCAAGGACGUUCCACUUGACAAGGCAGCUUUAGUAGGCUGCUCAGUGAUGACCGGGGUUGGUGCCGCUUUGAAUACGGCAAAGGUUGAAACUGGUUCAACUGUAGUAGUAGUUGGUUGUGGUGGUGUGGGAUUGAAUAUCAUUUCAGGAGCUCGUCUCGUCAACGCCGGCAUGAUUAUCGGUAUUGACUUGGUCAGUAAAAAGCUCGAAUACGCUACUGAAUUCGGUGCCACCCACGUCAUUGAUGGAUCCAAGAUUGAAAACACUGUUGCUGAAGUGAUGCGUUUGACUGGAGGCCUAGGUGUCGACUACGCCUUUGAUGCCAUUGGACACAAGGCUGUUUUGGAACAGAUCUUCCAAAUGAUUAAGCCUGGAGGUACCUGCGUUGAAGUCGGUGUUGCCCCCAUUAUGCAAGCUGCCUCGAUUUCUCCCUUCAUGUUGGCUUUACAAGAAAAGACCAUCAAGGGUUCGUUAUACGGCUCUGCUCGUCCUCGUGUCGACAUGGUUCGUCUACUCGACCUAUACAAACAAAAACGUCUUAAGUUGGACGAACUAGUUUCAGAAACUUUGAAGCUCAGUGAAAUCAACCACGGCUUCGAUCUUUUGAAGUCAGGAGCUGUUGCUCGUAGUGUCAUCGUAUUCGACUAA